UCAAGCAAGUCUGCCGCCCUACCUUCGCUUCAGACCUGCAGUUUUUUUCUUGUGCAAUGGACGGCCGCCUAGACGCCACUGAGUUGUACCCUCUGGGAUCCGGCUACGUCCCUGAAAUUGACAGUGUCCAUGACAUAUCAGUUGGCACAAAGAGGGGAUCCGACGAACUCUUUUCUUCCUGCAUAUCCAACGGACCCUAUAUCAUGAACUCAGCCAAUGGCAACGACAGCAAAAAAUUCAAAGGUGAUGUCCGCAGUCCUGGAGUCCCGUCACGUGUGGUCCACGUACGCAAGCUGCCCAAUGACAUCAACGAAGCCGAGGUUAUAAGCCUGGGACUGCCCUUUGGGAAGGUCACUAAUUUGCUGAUGUUGAAAGGGAAAAACCAGGCCUUUCUGGAGCUUAACAGUGAAGAGUGUGCACAGACGAUGGUGAGCUACUACUCUUCUGUCACACCUGUCAUCAGAAAUCAUCCCAUCUACAUGCAGUACUCGACUCAUAAGGAGCUCAAGACGGACAACUCUCCCAACCAAGUGCGUGCCCAGGCAGCUCUGCAGGCAGUCAAUGCCCUGCAUGGCGGUGGAAUGGGAAGCAUGGCCAUCCCCACAGAUGCAAGCAGCCUGGCUGGAGCCACAGCCCAGAGCCCUGUGCUCAGAGUGAUUGUGGAAAACCUUUUCUACCCCGUCACCCUGGAUGUCCUGCAUCAGAUUUUUUCAAAGUUUGGAACCGUGCUGAAGAUCAUCACUUUCACCAAGAACAAUCAAUUCCAGGCAUUGAUCCAGUAUGCUGACGCCAUGACAGCUCAGCAUGCUAAACUGUCUCUAGACGGCCAGAACAUCUACAAUGCUUGCUGUACCCUGAGAAUCAGCUUCUCCAAGCUCACUAGCCUCAACGUUAAGUAUAACAACGACAAAAGCAGGGACUACACCCGCCCUGACCUUCCUACAGCAGAUUCCCAGCCCUCACUUGACCACCAGACCAUGGCUGCUGCGUUUACUGCUCCAGGUAUAAUCUCAGCCUCGCCAUUUGGUGGAGCGCAUGCCUUCCCCCCAACGUUUGCCAUCCAGCAAGCUGGACUGUCAGUUCCUGGCAUUCCCGGUGCCUUGGCAUCCCUGGGCAUGGGUCACUCCGGCAUGGCGGCUGCUGCAGCGGCCGCAGCCAACCGGCUUGGCCUAUCAGGGCUCACUGCCACUGGGGGACACAACGUGUUGCUGGUCAGCAACCUGAACCCUGAGACCGUUACGCCACACUGCCUCUUUAUUCUUUUCGGUGUGUACGGUGAUGUCAUGAGAGUGAAGAUCUUGUUUAAUAAAAAGGAGAACGCUCUUGUCCAGAUGUCUGAUGGCACACAGGCUCAGUUAGCCAUGAGCCACCUGAAUGGCCAGCGUCUCCAUGGCAGGGCCAUGCGCGUGACGUUGUCGAAGCACACGACAGUUCAGCUGCCCAGAGAAGGCCAUGAGGACCAGGGCCUCACAAAGGAUUUCAGCAACUCGCCGCUUCAUCGCUUCAAGAAGCCCGGCUCCAAAAAUUACUCAAACAUCUUCCCACCGUCUGCAACACUCCACCUCUCCAACAUACCGCCUUCUGUGAUGGAGGAUGAUCUCAAAAGACUCUUUGCAAGCUCAGGAGCCACAGUCAAAGCCUUCAAGUUCUUUCAAAAGGACCGCAAGAUGGCCCUGAUCCAGAUGGGCUCAGUCGAAGAGGCGAUCGAGUGCCUCAUUGAGUUCCACAACCAUGAUCUGGGAGAGAACCAUCACCUCCGAGUGUCCUUCUCAAAAUCCACCAUCUGAGUGCCUUUCCUUGCACCUUUCCCUUCCAUCUGAAUGCCACUGUUCUCAAUGUUGCCUUCAGUGGAAAUGGCUUUCGUAACAUAUUUAUACUGUUUAUUUUUCCAUAAGGGUGUUGCCCAUUUAUUGCUUUUUUUUUUUUUUUUUCUCGUUAGGUUUAGUUUAGAUUUCAGAUUUGAUCUAUAUCAUUUUGAUUCUUCUGUCCUAAUGCAGCAGAUAUUUUAUGUGAUUUGCUGUCAAGUAAAGAUAUUCCAAAAACAUAAUAGAUGGAUAAUGAUGUUCCCUCUUGCCACGCACAAAUUAGCGUCUUUAGUUGGGCUGGCUCGUUUACAUUCUUCUUUGAUAUGAUUAGAAAAUGUUAGCGUUUCUUGGGUAAUUUGCUCAGUUUUAGUUCCUUUUUUUUCUCCUCUUUUCUUUAAUUUUAUUUAUACACUAAAUUCAACAGCAAAACCCAAUCAUCGCUUUUCUUUUGACAAAAUUUUAGGAUUUCUGAAAUGGGCAACAUUUUGUAACCAAAACACUUUUGUAUUGGGAGGCAAUGUAGAGCCGUCUAACCAACUUUACAUUUUGACCAUAAGACGGUCUACCGUUAUACGCAUCCAGAUGAAUUGUACCCGACCCACUUCAGCAUUCCUUUCUCUCUUCUGGUUGUGUGAAAAUGUUCACUGUUUUGGGGACGAAAAAAAAAAUAGCCACUUUAAUCCUGUUUGGCCAGUGAGGAACGGUUUAA